AUGUUUGGCUAUCUGACUAUCUGCCAGUAGCCAGUAGUCUUUUGUCGUAUGUCAAAGUCAAGAGUCUCAAUUUGAUAAGUCGAAAUAUGAAAUCCAAACAAGGCAGCAGAAUGGAUUUGAUUAAAAAUUGUGAUCCAGAUCUCUUAGAAAAAAUUAGGGCUGUUCAAAAAAAGAAAUUGAAAGUUGUUAUUUACAAAAAUAAGUUCUUCCCUGAUAAACUUCUUGAGGAAAAAACACAACUGGUUAGAACAUUAUUGAGAAAGGAGAGAGAAAUUAUCGAUGCCAAAGAAGAUAUGUUGGACUCUGAAGAGGAAAAUGCCAUUGCAGAUCAGCUCCGCACAGAUUUAUUAAACGAAAAAAUAAAUAAGAUAUAUGAUCAUAAUGAUUUACCAGUUACUACACAAAAAUAUAAACGUAAAGAAAAGGAACAAAGAAAUAGUAUACCAACUAUCUCAAACCAAAAUUUGAAUAGGUUUUUCAAAUUACUCGGACCCAAGAAAGCGUUAAGCUCCAGAGAGAAAGCCCUUAAAGACUGCCUGGAUCAUAUGCACACAUCUGCAAAACCAUUGUGGACUUCUCCGUCAACUAUUAUGAAGGCCAUAAAUGAUUGUAUCUUAACGAGGAAUUUUAAUAACUUGACUGAACUUUUGUUAUUUUUGAUUCAUUUACGUACCGACAAAUACAAACCCCUUAUAAGGCAUCUAUGUCAAAUUCUAGAUAAACUUCAUCCUGUUAUUCAAGAUAAUGAUCUACAAGGACAAUUAAAACUAGUUCAAAAGGCAGUUAGAAGGAAACAGUAAAAAGACAAGUUUAAUUAUGGGUGGAUUUAAGUACCAGUUGUAAAUAAGUAUUAAGAAGCUUGUAAUUAUGAAAAAUGAGAAAUAAAACUUUCUAUAUUUUUAUA